GGCGCAUGGGUCGGGCAAGCGCAGGCGCGACAAGGGCGCAGCCCCUAGUCGGGUCUGGUGGUGUCCGAGCUUCCUUGGCCGAAGAAGGAGUGGCCGGAACCUAUUGAAUAUCCACAUUUUUGUUUCUGUACCUGAUAGAAUUUUGAUUCAUCAUGGAUAAUCUGUCAUCAGAAGAAAUUCAGCUGAGGGCUCACCAGGUUACAGAUGAGUCUCUGGAAAGUACAAGGAGAAUCCUGGGUUUAGCCAUUGAGUCUCAGGAUGCAGGAAUCAAGACAAUCACUCUACUGGAUGAACAAGGAGAACAACUAAACCGCAUAGAAGAAGGCAUGGACCAAAUAAAUAAAGACAUGAGAGAGGCAGAGAAGACUUUAACAGAGCUCAACAAGUGCUGUGGCCUUUGUGUCUGCCCAUGUAAUAGGGUGAAGAACUUUGAGUCUACUAAGGCCUAUAAGACAACAUGGGGAGAUGGUGGAGACAAUUCACCUAGCAAUGUAAUAUCUAAGCAGCCAGGCCCAGUGACAAAUGGUCAGCCUCAGCAACCAGGAGCAGCCAGUGGUGGAUACAUUAAACGUAUAACUAAUGAUGCCAGAGAAGAUGAAAUGGAAGAGAACCUGACUCAAGUGGGCAGUAUCCUGGGAAAUCUAAAAAACAUGGCCCUGGACAUGGGCAAUGAAAUUGAAGCUCAAAAUCAACAAAUAACACGGAUCACGGAGAAGGCUGACACCAACAAAGAUCGUAUUGAUAAUGCCAAUGUCAGAGCAAAGAAACUCAUUGACAGCUAAAGUUACUGCUGUACUUCUUUAUCAUUUAUUCACUUCUCUAGCUCCUCUUCCAAAGUUGUUACCUUUUCAGAUUUUGAAAUUUGGUCCCACUCUUCUAAUUGGGAGAUAGUGUGGAAGAAGGGCUAGAGGAGUAACAGUCUUCCUAUUUUCUCUGUUUCUUUUGAGGGUAUACUGCUGCUCACUCAGCCUUCUAGUAUUUUCUUUCUUAGUACAUACUCUUACAUAGGUUUUCAUACAUCACAUGUAGUGUUUUCAUCCUCCUCAUGUACUUCAGCACGUUCUUUUGCUUUCAAGAUUUUUGCCAAAGACAGCCAUGAAUAAGGAAGCUGUAUAGGUGGUGUUGGUGUUGGUGUGUUUUUGUGGUGGUAAGAGGUUUAACAAGAAGAGCUUUUACCCUCAGUAGAAACUUGCAGGCCACAAAGCAGAAAGUUGAAUAUCCACAGUAAAGAUCUAGUUGAGUUUAGUUUUUAAUUUAAGUUGCAGUUAUUGCCAAUUUAAGCUAAUGCUUGGUUUUGGAGCUUUUUAUACACAAUAUUUUUGUUGUACAUCACAGUUUUGCAACCUCUACUCCAAAGAGAAUAGAAUGAGUUAUCUUAAAGUGAGCUUAAUUUCUGAACUCUUAGUAUUUCAUAUAUGUACAUAGAUUUUGUGAUCCCAUUUCAUAUUGCACCAUUUAGGAACACUUUGUAUAAAUGAAUGGCUUUUUUAUUUUCAUAUUAGUAGUAGUAUCAUGGUCCCAUUACAGGCCUAUUAACCUCAAAAAUAUGUAUAUAUAUAUGUGUAACAUGAGAAUUUCUCUUUAAAGCAGGGAUUAAAAUUUUUUUUGGAAAGUUUGACACCAUAUAUCACAUGAAUGCAGAUUUACCUCAAUGCCAAGAAUUAUGUUUAGAUAGGAAAAAGGAAACUUAUUUUGAUCUCAGGCAGAAAAAUAGAUUGCUUGGAGUUUUAUGUAGCUUUAGACUUUAAAAAAGUUUGAAUUUAUUCUGUCUUACUAGAAGUGAUUUGGAAAAUUACAACUUUGGUUUAAUUAUUGAUGCUUGCACUGUCAUUUCACUUAGCCUUUUGUAUUGAACUAUGUCCAGAAUCAAUUUUAUGUAGAUCCUGAACAGUGUUAUAAAAAUCUGUUUGGUAUUUGUCACAUUUAAAAACUAACAUCUGCACACUUUAAAGCUAUCAGUAUGGACUGGUUUGACUAACAACCACUGCUUGAUCCUAACAAUUAAAUUUUAUAACUAACUAAUGGUAUUGUUCUUUCAAAGAGGUAAUAUGUUUCUAUGACUGUUAUUGUGGGGGCUGUAAUUCCAUCAGCUCUUGUUUAACAAAUUGAGUAAAACAAAAGUCCAAAAAUCAAGAAACAUUCCAAUAGAAAGCUGUCUGUAGCAUCCUUCCAAUUUUUAUUGGAAAUAUUGACAGGACUUUUCUAUGAUUUGUCAUGAGAUUCAUUUUAAUCAUUACUAGUGUUUAAUUCAUUUGAGCUUAAAUACACUAGUGACUGAAAGGAUAAUGUUUCAAAGUGAGAGCUACAAUCCACUCACUGGAGAAAAUACAGUUAACAUGGGAACUUUCAAAAGCUGUAGAAGAAAAACUUUUAAAUAAAGUGAGACUCAGGCCCUCUUUAAUAGAAAUGUUCCAUGUCAGAAUGAGUAGUUUGGCAGAUGAUAGUAGAUAUCUAAAGUAAGAAGGUGGAAAAUAAUGGGGAUUUUGUUACCUAAAUGCCCUUCCUAAAAGCACUUAAAGGAAAAAAAAUUUCUUUUCUUUUUUUUUUAGAGCACAGUGUUGUAACACCAAGGUCAAGAGUUUGGAUCCAUGCACCAGCCAGCCCCCCCCCCCCCAAAAAAUUUAACAAUGUUCUGGCUAAAAGACCUAGUUCUGAGGAUGCCAAUAUUCUGCACCCCACAGUAUAAUUAGUUAGAAGCAUGAGCUAAGGCACCAAAUUGUGGUGGCUAGAGUGACUGUAAGCCCACUUCUGUAUCUUAGUUUCCUUGUCUGUAAAUGGGAUUAAUAAUUCCUACCUCAUAGUGUUGUAAUGCUUAGAGUGCUAAUACAUGUAAAGCACAUAGAACAGUGCUUGGCAAAUGUAAGAGCUUGAUAAAAUGAUAACCGCUCUUCUCUCUCUAGUGGAGCUCUUUUUUGGUCACGAAUCCCUGGUGAAUUUGAUGAAAGACAACACAGCCCCUCUUCCCAGAGAAACAGGCACACAAAUAUGAAUCAUGUAUAAAUGAGAAUCAUGGAGGUCUUGAAAGCUCAUCCAUGGAUUCUAGAUUACAAACUUUUCCACAGCUUCUGCUACUGAGAGAGAAGAGAGGUGAGGCCAUAGAAGCUCAUAAUGUAUUAGCAACAGAAGCUGUUGACUUAAAGCUUUUUCUCAUCUUCUCCUGUAACAUUGUCUGGAAACUUGUUUCUAUUACUUUUAAAGUGGUUAACAUAAGUUCACCUUGGUUCAAAUUUUGGCUCAUUUACUAGUUGUGUGACCUUGAGCAUAAUAUUAACCUAUAACUAAGCAGGUAAAAAAAACAGUAUCUGCCACUGAACUUAAUUUUCUUUUUUAAACAGUAAGCUGCAAGUUUCUAGUCUUAUAAUGACAAUGAUCUUUAUCCUCUAUAGCUGUGACUACAUUUUUCUUCAUUUUUAACUCAUCCUUUGUUUCCACACUUCAACUUUAGAUCUGUCCAUGUUGUAUGGAGAUUAUAAAUAUCACCUUAAACAUCUACCUCCCAGACAUCCCACACUCAAUUGCACUUAGAAUUAACUUCUUUGAAUGCUGUUUUUUUUAGGUCACUCUCUCACUAAAAUUCUAGGUUAUCCCAGUUACAUUCCUAAUCAGAUUUAUAUUUCUUAGAUUGAUAUUCAAAGUUCCUUAUCCUCUAGCCAUUUUUAAUCCUUUUAUUGUAGUGUCUGCUCCAAGCCUUCUAUUUCUAUACAACUUGCUAAAUUCUACUUUCAUGCCUUACAGGUGAGAUAAAGAACAUGAUUUAUUGAGUGCUCUGUCAUGGACACUAUGUAAAGUACUUUUAAUGUAUCUUUCACCAUAACCUUGUAACAUACCGUAGAGGUAGGAGAAUAUUACAGAUGAGUAAAUUGCUCAAAUUUAUAAAGCUAGUUAAUGACAGAAUCUGGAUUCAAACCUUGGUCUUUCUCACUCCAAGAUCUAUGAUCUUAGUAUAUUACACUGACUUCCAAACCAAGCUCUAAAAAAUUUAGGUGAGGGGCCGUCCUGUGGCUCACUUGGGAGAGUGUGGUGCUAAUAACACCAAGGCCAUGGGUUUGGAUCCCUAUAUAGGGAUAGUCAGUUAGCUCACUUCAGAGAGCGUGAUGAUGACAACACCAAGUCAAGGGUUAAGAUCCCCAUACCGGUCAUCUUUAAAAAAAACAAAUAAAUAAAAAUUUAAAAAAUAAAAAUUUAGGUGACUUACGGCUGACAGCCAAACUAGAAUCUGGGUUUUCAGACCACAAGUCAAGCUACUUUUUUAGCUCAUAUUUAAGUCUAAAUCUUGUUUACUAUCACUCUGAGCAUAUUACUUUAUAUGACCCCUGCCUUCAAAUAGUUCAGUCUAGCAAGAGACAGAUAAAUAUAGAAUGCGAGAAGUGUUAUAGUAACAGAUGGGGGAGCAGUUAAUUCGGCUUAGACUUAGGGAAGGGCUUUAGACAUAGGAAAGGAGAAUGUUAGUGAGAGAGGGCAUUCCUGAUUGAGUGAACAAUAUAAAGGCAGAGGAAAAAGAGACUCCACCAUGAGUUUAAGGAGAAUAAACUGAUAUUCUGGGCAGGCAAAAUGAGAGUGAAGAGAGGGUAUCUGGAAAUAAGGCUGGAUCUAAGUUGUGAAGGGUUGUAGUUACUGAUUCUUAUAGUGGUGUGAGGAUUAAACUAAUAAUGAAAUGGGAACAUCUAAAUUGUUAAAUUUAUAAGUUCUGAUUUAUUAGAUGAGAAGUAUGGAUAAAAUAGAGUAAUAUUAAUUGUCCAAUGGAUCAAUAAGAUUAAUAAAUGAAACAUUUAAAUUUAGAAAAAAAUCUCAUCAACUGAUACUGAUAAACUAGCACCCCCUAUCCCUCCCCAAAUUGAAAAACAGAAAAUAACAACCAGAUUGAAGGUCAGAGAGACUUCCUCAUAUAGAUUAAAAAGUAGGUCUUGUGAUAUCUUGACUUAAUGGUUAAGAUAGGUUUAACCAUUAUUGAGAAGUGUCAGUAUUAUGGUUAAUAGCUCCUUAGCUAAGAUAAAACUUCAGAAAGUGACCAAAAUGGUAGCUUUCUAAUAUCCAUGUCAGUGACAAUCUGAAAUCCUCUACCUUUGUACCUUCAGAUUUUCUUAAUAAGCAUGGUUCCAGUACUACAAAAUGUUUAUCAUCAGUCACAUAAAGGCAUUUCACUACUCAUGCAACGUGAAUAAAAGCAUGAAACGUUU